AUGGCAACUCAGACUCAAGAUAUCGAACGCGAGUAUUCGCGUGAUGAAAAGUCUGGGAUUACGCAUAAUGAGCAUGCCCAGAAUGGUUUAUCUCAAGAAGAUGCUGACUUCUUGAAUAACUUUCCUGAGGAGAGGAAGAAGGCUAUUAUUCGAAAAGUCGAUUGGCGGUUGAUUCCUAUGCUUGUUCUCUUGUAUCUUAUUGCAUACCUGGACAAGACCAACAUUGGAAAUGCAAAGAUUGAAGGCAUGACUGUUGACUUGCACCUCAAGGGCAUCGAGUACAACAUCGUCACCGCCAUCUUCUUCAUCCCCUUCGUCCUCUGCGAAGUCCCUUCCAAUAUGAUCCUCCACAAGUUCAAGAGACCAUCUUGGUACAUGGGCGGCAUCGUCUUUUGCUGGGGUCUCGUCAUGACUCUCACAGCCUUGGUCCAGAACUACGCUGGACUUCUAGUCAUUCGAUUCAUGCUUGGUAUCUUUGAGGCCGGUUUCCUCCCCGGUGCAAUCCUCAUCAUCUCAAACUGGUACCUCCCCAACGAAACGCAAACCCGAAUCGCAAUCCUCUACACAUCAGCUGCAACAGGCGGUGCCUUUUCCGGCCUUCUAGCCUUCGCCAUCGCCAAGAUGGACGGCAUGGCAGGUCUUGAAGGCUGGCGUUGGAUCUUCCUCCUCGAAGGUCUUUUCACCGUCGUUGUCGCCAUAAUGUGUGUCUUCCUCCUCUGCGAUUCACCAGCCCUAUCCACACGCUGGCUCGACGCAGAUGAGAUUCGAUAUCUUGAACUCCGACAACUUGCCCGUCGGGCUACAGUCCCAAUGGACUACAAGGAGAACGAUCACUUUAAUCUCCGUCUUUUCAAGGAUAUUCUCAUGGAUUACAAGAUUUGGCUCUUGUUCUUUGCGAACUGGUCGAAUGCGGUGCCCAACUAUGCUAUGAAGUUCACUAUGCCUACUAUCCUGACGGGUAUGGGAUAUACUUCUUCUGAUGCGCAGCUGAUGACUAUCCCUCCUUAUGCUAUUGGAGCUAUUUCCGCUUAUUUGUUCGCCAUCUUUGCGGAUAAGUACUCAUGGCGCGCUCCUUUCAUCUUGGGGCCUCAAUGCUGUCUUGUUGUUGCUUUCAUCAUCUUGUUUGUCAAGUCCAGCAACAUCGAGGACAACAUUGCUGUUUGUUACUUUGCCGUCUGUCUCGCAUGCUUCGGCAUGUAUCCUAUUCUUCCCGGUGUCAACGCGUGGAAUGUCGCCAACACGCCCGAUCCAGCCAAGCGAUCCGUCAACAUUGGCCUUCUCGUCUGUGUCGGCAACAUCGGCGGCCUCAUCGGCUCUUACAUUUACCUCGCGCACGAAGCUCCCCGCUACCCUACCGGCUACGGAACUUCUCUGGCCUUCGGUCUGGCUGGUAUUGUCGCAGUUUUGUUGCUGGAGACGCUUCUGAAGAGAGGUAAUGCUAAGAAGGCGAAGAUGAGUGAGGAAGAGAUCAGGCAGAGAUAUACGGAUGACGAUCUUGUUCGCAUGGGAGAGAAGAGCCCAUUGUUCAAGGUCCUCAGCAGCACGGCAACUCUAUUAUACAUCUCAUACUUCAUCCAUAACCUCAUCGCAUGGCUCAAGAUCCGUCCAUUCCUCCCCAAGUGGGGAGCUCGUAUCUUCAUCAUCUCACUCCUCAUCGUCCAGCCCUACUGGGUUCUCGAAACAUGGGCCAACUUUCAAUAUCACAAUCGUCUCGGUAGUAAAGUCUUCAACACAUCACGACUCCUCGAACCACUCUUCAGAGACCCCUGGUGGGUAUUCACCACUAUCAAACUGGUCCUAGCCAUCAACGAGAACUACGAGUUUACGAUUCCUGGCCUUAUUCGAACUAGUCCACGAUUUGGAAUCAUGCUAUUCUCUUUGUUCUUGUCGAUCGUGUUUUUGAUCACUGAUGUCAUUUUCAUGAUUGCCGUGUCGAAAAGAGGGGGCAUCAAUCCGUUCUGGAGGCUCGCUUUGGUUUUCAAGUGUGCUUCUGAUGUCAUUUUCCUGGAUGAUUUCAAGAGCGUCCUUGACAGAAUUUCAGAAUCAGCUAUGCGGAAGAUCACAACAUUUGAAUAUCGAGAUAACGCCUCGGCAUCCGUUAACCAGCACCCUUCAGUUGAUUUUUCCUCGCCCAACUUCCAAAGAAAAGACCCAAGAUUCAGAUCAUCAUCUAGAGCUGAGAUGGGCUCUAUUCUUCAUCCAGUGGGAUCUCGAGAUGACGGUCAUUAUGAAUUUGCUUCAAACUAUAGUCAGCCCUCGGUGGAAGACGGUGCUGCACGACCGUGGCUUGCAGACGAUGCAAGACGUUCGAGCUCUCAUUCACCAAGACGAAGAGGGGAAUCCCAAGACAAUAUGAUCACUAUACAAGAGGAUGAUAGAAUCAACGAAGUGGAGGAUAUUCCGAUGGAACCAGUAAGGGCACGGACAAAGAAUGAUCAAGCACACUAA